CCUGACUCAAAUAUCAAGUUUGUUGUAUCAAAAGGAAAGCAUAAAAAUUCAUGUAUGCAAGAACGUGUAGCACGAUGUGACUCAAUAGAGAUCAAUAAAAUUCCACAUUCAAACAAUCAUAAUAACUCGAUGGAUACGAAUAAUGAACAGAUCUAUGAUAUAUUGAAUCCCACAGAUUCUCAUGUAGCUUUACCUAUUGAUUCGAAUGCAUCUAAAAAAUUUACUGAAUCAAAUCAUGAUUUCUCAUCAAUAACACAACGUGAUAAUCGAAGAAGAGUUCAAAGUACUAGAAAAACACAAGAACCUAUAAUUAUUCAUCAGAAUACUAUAGAUACUGACAAUAAUGUCUGCGUUAAUAAUACAUUACAAAAGUCGUCAGUAAUAGAUCACCAACAACUAUCCAAUCAUAUUGCAUCAAUUGAUAUAUGUAGCGAUAUUAUUAAUCCAGAACAAACUGAACAUUCAGAGUUUAGUCCAAUUUAUUUAGGCAAUUCUUCAUCAUCUGGUUAUCUUACUAUUUCAAGUCAUGGGAAUAUUUUAAAUUAUCCAGCUAUAGAACAAAAAUCAACUAUAGUUGACCCGAUUAUUGUCUCCACAUCGGAUAAUGAUAUCAUCAUGACAUCAUUGUCUACUACUACUACUACUACUACUACUACUACUGAUAUUAGUAGUAUGAAUAAUCCUGUAUACACUUAUCAUUCACUAAAACAAAGUAGUUCAAUCGAUUCCAGUGAUUUUCAAAAUCAAAUGACAAUUGUUGAUGAUACCAAUCAUUCAUUAGGUAUGUGUAAUCUUCAACCAAAGAAAACUUCACAAAAUUCUGUUAGACGACAUACAUAUGUAAAUUUAUCUAAUGAUGCACAUGAAACAGAUCAACUGAUUGAUGCGUUAAAAGAUAAUCAAUCUAAUUAUAAAAUAAAUAAUAAAGUUAAUGAUAUAGAAUUAGAUAAACGAAAUUGGGCACCACCUAUGUAUAUAUCUAAUGAACAAAGAAAUAAACGUAUCACUCUUACAUAUCCAACAUCUUAUGAACAUGUAAAUUCACCAACUGAAUCAAUAAAUUAUACUACAGAUCAAAAUACUCUCAAUUAUUAUGGUCAAGAAAAUGUAAAUUUUACUGAUCCAUUUACAUUUUCACCAUCUGAACAAGAAUUAGGUCAAAAUUCUACAUUACAAACAGAAAUUCAACGAAUCAAAUUUAUUCCAUUAAAUACUUCUCAUACUAUUGGUGCAAUUCCCAAUAAAAGGACUGCACUAUUUUCAUCAGAA